CCUGGGCAGGCGCAGGGCAGGCCCCGAGCUCUCCAUGCCGCUAGCCCCGCGGCUGCGGAGCCGACCGGUUGGCUCCUGCGAUGGCGGCGGAAGGGGAGGCUGCGAUGAGAGAUAGAAUACUGAUGGGCGAGAACCAGUGCUUUGUUCCCAUGGUUUCCAGUCAUAUGCGCCCAUGGACAAACCCAGCAGUUAUUGGAUCCCUCAGCCCACAUGUGACAGAGUUCCCAAGAAAACGAAAAGGAAGUGAUUCUGACCCAUCCCCGUCAGGAUUCAUGACAGAAAAAGUGGUGGAAAAGCUUUCUCAGAAUCCUUUUACCUAUCUUCUUUCGACAAAGAUAGAAAUAUCAGCAACCAGUGGCAGCAGAAAGGAAGAUGGUGAACAACACGUACAAAUGAAGUCCUUCAGAGAAGCUCACAGUCAAACUGAAAAGCGGAGGAGAGAUAAAAUGAAUACCCUGAUUGAGGAGCUGUCUGCAAUGAUUCCCCAGUGCAAGCCCAUGGCACGUAGACUGGACAAACUUACGGUUUUAAGAAUGGCUGUCCAACACUUGAGAUCUUUAAAAGGUAGCACAAGUUCUUAUGCAGGAGAUAAUUACAGACCUUCAUUUAUUCAGGAUAAUGAGCUCAGACACUUAAUCCUUAAGACUGCAGAAGGCUUCCUAUUUGUGGUUGGAUGUGAAAGAGGAAAAAUUCUCUUCGUUUCUAAAUCAGUCUCCAAAAUUCUUAAUUAUGAUCAGGCUAGCUUGACUGGACAAAGCUUAUUUGACUUCUUACAUCCAAAAGAUGUUGCCAAAGUAAAGGAGCAACUUUCUUCUUCUGAUAUUUCACCAAGGGAUAAGCUGAUUGAUGCUAAAAGUUUUCAAGUUCACGGUAAUUUCCACAGUGGAAGGACUCACGUGUUUUCUGGCUCAAGACGGUCCUUUUUUUGUCGGAUAAAGAGUUGUAAAAUCUCUGUCAAAGAAGAGCAUGAAUGCUUAUCCACCUCAAAGAAAAAAGAUCAUAGAAAAUUCUGUACUAUCCACUGCACUGGUUACUUGAGAAGCUGGCCUCCAAAUAUUGUUGGAAUGGAAGAAGAAAAGGACAGUAAGAAAGACAGUAGUAAUUUUACCUGCCUUGUUGCCAUUGGAAGAUUGCAUCCAUAUGUUGUCCCACAGAACAAUGGAGAGAUUAAAGUGAAACCAACUGAAUUUAUAACCCGGUUUGCAAUGAAUGGGAAAUUUGUUUAUGUAGACCAAAGGGCUACAGCAAUUUUAGGAUACCUGCCUCAGGAACUUUUGGGAACUUCUUGUUAUGAAUAUUUUCAUCAAGAUGACCACAGUAAUUUGACUGACAAGCAUAAAGCAGUUCUACAGAGUAAGGAGAAAAUCUUUACAGAUUCCUACAAGUUCAGAAAGAAAGAUGGCUCUUUUGUAACUUUAAAAAGCCAGUGGUUUAGUUUCACAAAUCCUUGGACCAAAGAACUGGAAUAUAUUGUGUCUGUCAACAAUUUAGUUUUGAGACAUAGUGAGAUUAGAGAAGCAUCGUUACUUCCUUGCAGCUCUCAAUCAUCACAAGAAUCUUCUAAACCAUCUUAUAUUAGUGUACCCGGAAUGUCAACUGGAAAAGUACUUGGCGCUGGUAGUAUUGGAACAGAUAUUGUAAAUGAAGUCCUGGACUUACAAAGGUUACAGUCUCCUUCCUCCCUUGAGGACUCAAGGCCAGAAGAUUUAAUGAAAGAUUCUCACGCUAUAAACUGCAAGAAAUUAAGUAUGAUGUCAAAUAAGUUGAUUCCAGGAAAUGCUUCUGAAAUAAGGGAGCCAGAGGCUACAAGGCAAAGCCAGAGUGCUGUUCCUCUCCAUAGUCACGAGCCACUUCUUGGCGAAGGUGCCCAGCUGGAUUUUGAUGCCCUGUGUGACAAUGACGACACAGCCAUGGCUGCCUUCAUGAAUUACUUUGAAGCAGAAGGGGGCCUGGGAGACCCUGGGGACUUUAGUGAUAUCCACUGGACACUCUAGCAUUUGAUUUUUUAACUCUAAAAAUUAGGAAUGUGAUAAAGCAUUUCACUUACAAAAAAAACCCUGAAUAAUCAUCUACUCUGUAUUGAUACUGUUCUUAUCUUUUCUUCCUAUUAAUGGUCUACCAGUUUUUAUAGAUUUGCACUUUUCACAGCAGUAUGGGGAAAUGUGAGGUUUCCCUUCACAAAGAAUGGCGCAGCGUUUCCCUAGACCCCUUGACUCCGUGAAAUGGCCUAAAACCCACUCAUUGCUGUAUUUUUGCUAAAAUAUUUCUAACCAAGAAUAUCACAUACAUCUUGUUUUUUUUAUCUUUUUGAUGCAACUUUUAAGUUUGGGGAAUUUAAUAUAUUGUGUCUAAGAUUCAUUUAUAGUUGAUUUAUAAUAGCAGAUUUAUGUAAAUUAGAACAUCUCCAUUUCUUGUAUAUUUUCUUAGUUGAGAAUAGGGCUUAAACAUUUUAAGAAAACUGAGCACUUGAACAUUUAAGAGGUGAUAUCAUUGGUAGUCAUAAUGAAUAUGGUAUUCAGUCGUUGUAGACUUGGAUACAGGAUAGUUAUGCUUACUUAGUUAAGCACUUGCAAUAGACAUUAAAUGAGAUGAUUUAUUUAAAACUCAGGGGAAAAAAGCUGGGAGAGUUUCAGCUUUGCUUAUAGAAGACCUUAGACCUACAUCUUGGUAAUUAACCUUUGCAUGUAAGAAUUACUGUUAAUAUAACCAAUCAAGAUUUUCAUUACAUAUAAAGCCAGUUUUUGAUGCAGAAAAUGUGCUUAGUGAAGGAUUAGCCAUGGAGGGAAAAACAAGCCCAGGCAGGAUAAGUGUCUUGUGUCAAGUCGCAAUUAAAUUCAUAUUUUUGAAAUGUUUAA